AUGAGCUCCAACGACGAUGACAUUGCACAGCGAACACUUGCUGCUAAAAGAGAAGCCGAGAAGCUUAAAGAAAAGAUCAAGCGGAAAAAGGAGUCGCUGGCCGACACCACAUUGCCUCAGAAGGCUCAACAAGUUGAAGCGUUGCCAAGGUUAACGAUGAAGGUGCGAAGAACGCUCAAGGGUCAUCUUGCAAAGAUUUAUGCCAUGUCUUGGGCAGCCGAUAAGCGACAUCUUGUAUCCGCUUCACAGGAUGGCAAGUUACUUGUUUGGGAUGCGUAUACCACACACAAGUUGUAUGCAAUACCAUUGAGAUCUUCAUGGGUGAUGACAUGUGCCUAUUCCCCCUCGGGUCGCUAUGUAGCUUCAGGUGGCCUUGACAACAUGUGCUCCAUUUACAACUUGCAAACACGUGAUGGCCCAACGCGACCUGCUCGUGAACUUGUUGCCCAUUCGGGUUAUCUUAGCUGUUGUCGAUUCCGAAAUGAUCAACAAAUUCUUACAUCGAGUGGUGAUACGACGUGUCUCUUGUGGGAUAUUGAUGCAGGACAAAAGAUUGCAGAGUUUGCCGAUCAUACGGGUGAUGUAAUGAGUUUAUCUAUAUCGCCUAAUCCCAACAUCUUUUGCUCAGGUGCUUGCGAUGCAACAGCCAAAGUAUGGGAUAUACGAGCAAACAAGUGUGUACAGUCAUUCAGUGGUCAUGAAUCCGAUGUCAAUGCGGUUCAAUUCUUUCCAAACGGUCAAGCUGUAUCAACCGCUUCUGACGAUUCAACAUGCCGUUUGUUUGACCUUCGUGCCGAUUGCGAACUUGCUGUUUAUACCCAUGAAUCAAUCCUUUGUGGUAUCACAUCCAUCGAUUUCUCCAUUUCGGGUCGUUUACUCUUUGGCGGUUAUGAUGAUUACAAUUGCAAUGUUUGGGAUACGCUCAAGGGUGAACGAGUGGGUGUUCUUGCAGCACACGAAAAUAGAGUUUCUUGUCUUGGGGUUUCCAGUGAUGGCAUGGCUCUUUGUACGGGCAGCUGGGAUCAUCUACUAAAGGUAACAACAUGCACUCGCAAUUAUACAGCGUAUUGA